ACCGAGCGGUCUGGUGCCUUAUAUAUAUAUUUUUAAAAAAGAACACUGGCUGAAAAUAUAAGAAUUUAUUAAAGUUCGUUAUAACUUUUCCUUUGGGUUCUACGUUUAAAAAGUUCCGCGCUCGGAAAGUGCUAAUUAACGUUAUCGUUAUUAGGUUACAACGUUAUGACGCUUAAAGUUUUAACGCUUAUUCUCGCGCUGACAGUGUGCUGUUACUGCGCUGAUAACGAAGUGCUGGUAGAGGAUGCUAGGGCUAAAAAGAAGAAAAAUUCCGCUCGAUUAUGGGCGAUGAUUCUAUUCUUCGUGAUUUCAAAAGUGGCGAUCUUCAAAGUGGUCUCAGUGAUGUUAUUCAUGGCAAUGUUUCAAAAGCUCUUCGCUUUUGCUGGUAUCUUCCUAAAACACUUCUUGAACCAGCGCCCAGAGACACCGCCUCACGUCUACGGACCACCGGCGGAAUAUAAUACUAUUCCGUAUAGUUACGGACCCCCUGAAACCGAGCAUAAACAACACCACCCUGGACAUGAAUUUGGGUUGCCAGCGUUAAAUGAUAUUGGGGGGUCCUUUAAUAAUUGGUUGUUUAAUAAGAAUCACUAGGGUUUAUGUUUAAGUUAUUUAAUAAAUGAUUUACUUGU